AUGGCAUUCAUCUUCGUUUGUGGCUCGCAAGACUUCUCAUCCCGCCUAAAGGGCUACGAGAACGUUCGAGUUAAUUGCUCGAAUUGCCAUAACAAUUCCGUAAUCGCGAUAAAACGUCGCAACUUCUUCACCUUCUGCUACAUCCCGAUCAUCCCGCUUUCUUACCACGAAGAACUCAACUGCACAAUCUGUAACGCUCGGUCGAAGAUUUCCAAACAACAACUAGACCAACUGGCGAAUCAGCAUCAGAUGGGAAAUAUGGGUGGUGGCGGUGGACCGCAGCAAGGAUACAACCCAGGACCGCAAGGGUAUUAUGGGAAGUAG